UCCGACCAAAAAUGAAUCAGGCCCGCCGGUCUCUGGCAUAAGACAUGCCAUUAUCGAAAAUAGCUAAUAAUUAAAACAAACAAAACAAACUGUUAAGCGUGAGUCUUAAAAUAGUUACCGAUAAGUAAACACCAUGAAAGUUACUGAUUUUCUAAACCGAAUACUAUGUCGUGAUAAAGUGCAGGUUGCAUGUUUGGAAGGUGGGCCCAUAUUUGAAUUUGGUUUCUGGAGUUUGGCAACAUUCCUGUCAAUGUGGCUCUUCUACAAGUGGCGUGAAGGUCCUUUUUACCAAAAAUCGAAUCGCAUAGAUGGCAAGGUGGUAAUUGUAACCGGCAGCAAUACUGGCAUAGGCAAAGAAAUUGCCCUGGAGUUGGCUAAGAGAGGUGGGCGCGUUUACCUGGCCUGCCGUGAUUACCAAAAAUGUGAAAAUGCCAGACAAGAUAUCAUGGACAUAACAGGCAAUCCCCAUGUCUAUAAUCGUACCUUGGAUUUGGCCUCUUUGCAAUCAGUGCGUGAGUUUGCUGCCAACUUCAAUCAGGAAGAAGAGCAUUUAGAUAUUCUUAUAAAUAAUGCUGGAAUAAUGGCUCCACCACGCUCUGUAACCAUCGAUGGUUAUGAGCAACAGUUUGCUGUUAAUCACUUGGGUCAUUUCUUGCUGACCAAUCUAUUGCUGGAGAAACUGAAGGCCUCAGCUCCUAGUCGUAUAGUGGUUGUGAGUUCUAUGGCCCAUGCCUGGGGUCACAUUCAAAAGGAGGACAUCAACAGCGAGAAGAGCUACAAUGCCUUCAAGGUCUAUGGUCAAAGUAAAUUGGCCAAUAUAUUGUUUACCAGAAAAUUGGCCCAAAUUCUCAAGGAAUCCAGAUGUCAGGUGGAUGUUAAUUGCCUGCAUCCUGGUGUGGUGCAAAGUGAACUAACUCGAAAUAAUGCCUUAAUGAGCCUGGGCGGUACAUUGGCUCGCAAAUUAUUUUGGCGUUCCACCAAAGCUGGUGCCCAAACUGCUUUGUAUUUGGCCUUGGAUCCAGAAUUGAAGGGAGUCUCUGGGGGCUAUUAUGAUCGCAUGGCCUUGACUACAUUGUCCAAGAAGGCAGGAGAUGAUGAAAUGGCCGAUUGGCUAUGGAGAAAGAGUGAAGAAAUGGUGGCAGAGAAGAAAAAGAAUUGAAUGUAAAGGGGAGAAUAGUUGUAAAUAAAUU